AUGUCGGCACAUUUUGGAGUGGAAACACUUUCAUGUAAGGCUGUUCCUGGACUCUCUCCAACCGCAUUUUCUGGACCAUUGAAUCCAAAUUGGCUGACUGAAGUUCUGGAGGAGCUACGUGCUCUUAUCCUCGGCUUUCCUUCCAACUCCAAAGAUACUCUUACUCUGACGACUCCUAAUUUGGCUGAUUUAACCAAUGUAAAGCGCUCUUGUAAUAAAUCAAGCACUUUUUUGUCCAAACUUAACCAAAUUGACCCCGAGCUGCGCCUAAAGUACUUUCCGCAUACUAGUCGCCAACUUUAUGCCCCCUCUUCAGAUUACACAAGACACCAGGUUCUUAACUGGACUCCAAGCCUACUUACUUCACCUCCUAUGACCUGCCCCUAUCCAGCUUUUCACCAGAGAUUUCUUUUCGGUGGUGAAGUUGCAUCCGAAGUACCUUAG